AUGGAAAACCCUGACAUUGCUCGAAUACACGACUUUUGGUACUCACGGCCGCCUGUUGAAUGGUUUAUGCCCCCUGAAGGCUUCGACAGCGCGUGCGCGACACAAUUUGGUGGCCUGGUCCAGGAUGCGCGUGACGGCAAUUUGGACCAGUGGACGUCGGAUAGGAACGGCAGUCUGGCCAUUAUCAUCCUGCUCGAUCAAUUCUCGCGCAACAUUCAUCGUGAUACACCUAAUGCCUUCAGCGCGGAUCCAAAGGCGCUGGACAUUGCCAUUCGAGCCAUUGCCAAAGGGUGGGAUGGGGAAGUGCCCAUGGCCCAGGCUGUCACUUUCUACUUACCACUGAUGCACAACGAAAGCUUGCUGGCCCAGAUAGCGUGCUUAGCAUUUUUAGAGAAACGCAGGAUGCAGAGCGAGCCCGGCAGCGAAGAUUGGAAGUUUCUGUCUGGGUCUAUAAAAGCGUCGAAGAGUCAUCUAGAGGCAAUCGAGAGAUUUGGUCGGUUUCCUACCAGGAACAAGAUACUCGGGAGGGAGAGCACGCCUGAGGAACUGGAGUUCGUUGAGAAGCAAUCACGCGUCACUGAGGCACCGGAAGCAUCUGGAUCUUAG